AUGCACGAAGAAGUUGCUUCAGAUUGUGAAGAUUUGCAACUAAAAUUGGUAAAUGAAAAUCGAACAAAUUCGUCAUCAACUACAUUAACAAGAAGUUCAAAAUCAUCAGUUAAACAACAGCAAACUAGUGCACUCAAAGCAUUUUCAUUAAAAAAGGUUGCCUUUGGCUGCCAAAAACAAAAAAUUCCUGUUGCUAAACGUUUACGUUUUACAACCGAUGGUGACGAAGGCAAAGCUGAAGGUCAACAACUUGAUUUACAGCAGCUAUUAAAUUAUAUUAAACAAAUUCCAGCUAUUCUUCAAGCAGACAAUGAAGAUAUUGCUCCCAAUGUUGAUGAUUCAACUGAUCUUGUAUCAGCAUAUACUAGAAGGGACGGUGUUAUUGUUUCAUUAUUAAAAAUACAAGGUAAAAAACAAAAUGCAGAUAAAUAUGCUUUAAAAUUAAUUAAGGCACUAUUUAUUGAUAAGCAAGAUUUACAGAAUGUCGAUGUUAAGAAAAUUGAUGAAGACCCAAGAAUUAAAGCAAUAUAUGGCGCCAUUAAACAAAAAUUUAGCUUUUCAGAAGUCGAAAUGUCGAUUAUUUCGUCACCUGUUCAUGAUUCUAUUCUCAGCAAGCGAUGGAAUCAAGGGAAAACGUUGAAGUCAAAAGCAACACUCAAUGAAUCCGUUGCAACCACUUCUACACCACAAGAUACCAAUUACAACAAUAAUAAACAACAAGGUGAAGCUAAUGAACAAACAAGUUAUUUAAGUUAA